UUAGUAUAUUUUUUUUAUGUGAACUCCUUGGGGGAUUAUCUUAAUCCAUCAGAGAAAGGAAGAAACCACGAAUUGUGCUUGGAAUUAGCCUCAUUAAAGUACUGCUGCAAGAUGUCUCUCGAAAGCGAGCUGACCUGCUCGAUAUGUCUGCAUAUAUACCAGGACCCAGUCGUGCUGCCAUGCAUGCACUCGUACUGCAGGGAGUGUCUCAAAGAUUUACAUUCCAAGUCCAAUGAAGCCGAGGAUUUGCGCGGUACCCCUUCAAAGACAAGUAACACGCUGUCAUGCCCGAACUGUAGAGAAAUAACAAGCUUUGGUCUGGAAGGUGUUGGUGGCCUUCCCAAGAACUUCACCCUUGCGAGUGUUUGUGAAUCGUUCAAAGAAACUUCACGCCAGUCCCCCACAGGUGGAUAUGAACCCCCAAAACAAACACAUUCGGGGCAAAGGAGCCUGUACUGCUUGGCAUGUCAAGUCAUCGUGAAGAGUGGAGAUGUACUGUCGACACACCGCUAUCACGUCACAGAGGACCUAGAAACAGCAGCUAAAAAACAGCAGACUAAACUGUCCACCUGCGUGCAGGAACUUGAAAGAAAUCGCAAGAAGGAGGAUGCUAAACUCAAAACAGCAUCAGAUGCUCAUUGUAAAAGACAGGAACAGAUGCAGAAACAAGAAAAGGAGAUCAACGCAUUGGCUGAAUCCAUAGAGGAACGUCUUCGAUCACGGAAAAAAGAAGUUCUUGAAAACAUAGAUUCUGUGAAGGCUGACAACAAGACACAAUUCGAGGUGUUCCAGAGGCACCUCCAGUCCUACAUCUCCACUGUCGACAGCAUCACUGCUGCUGCACAUGCCUUAGAUGGACAGAGCUUGGACACAGAGGAAGGACAGGCUGUGUUUGUACAGGUGGUAGACGACGUCUUGGUACAGACACAGCAACUGGCUAGAAUGGAUGACGUUUCCCUUGAGCAUGGCGUACCCAGUGAUACAUAUGGUGAAGUGUUUGCAGAGAAUCUAAGAGUUGACUUCAGAACACUACUUGGUGCAUCGGUAGCCCCUACAAACACGACCCUAACCCCUAGCAACGGGGACAAAUCAACAGAUCAAAGUCAAAAGGAGGAAUAUUGUUUCUUUUAUGAAGAGAAUGUUGCUACAGAAAUUGAAACCGAAAGUGAACAUAGUUCCAAUGCAGAACACAACAUCAUUACAGAUCAAAGUCAAAAGGAGGAAUAUUGUUUCUUUUAUGAAGAGAAUGUUGCUACAGAAAUUGAAACCGAAAGUGAACAUAGUUCCAAUGCAGAACACAACAUCAUCACAGGUGCACAAUUUAGGUGGGAUCCACAGGACUGUCAUUCAUCACUUGCAAUAUCCCAGGACUGUUUGGUGGUGACAGCUGAGAAAUGGGAGGAUGCGGAGAUCCCAGGCGGUUGUUGUGACAAUGGAGGCAACUGGGUGAACGUUUGUGGAAUAGCUUCGAACAUGGUCCUACAAAUGACCAACAUCUACUGGGAGAUCCUCGUCACAUUCGCUAUCUUGGGUUAUAUGGAUGACAACGACGUGAUCACGGACCUCGGAAUAUGCAAAUCGGGAAAGGAAGAUGUUUAUUCACCAUUGAGUAAAAACUACUAUUGCCUCUGUUGCAGUCUGUUCAAAGAUCCAGACUCAUCAAGCAUUGCUAUGGACUUCUGGGAUGGCCCAAAGAACUCAACAAGCGACAGUGUGGUGGUCAGACGUAUAAGACGCCGUAAGAGGGAGCCUCUCAAACUAGGGUUCAAUGUCGACUUCCACAACAAGAUGUUCAGGAUCAUUGACGUCAAUGAGAACUCUGUUCUUCAUACUUUUCAGGACAUGAGGUUCACGCAGGUCACUGCAGUGGCGUCGAUUGACCAUGAAGACAAGGUCAGAACGUCCUUAGAAUUGGAAAGUGACGUAGAUGGUUUUCCUACCAUACUUUUACAGUGAAACUAUACUGAAAAUUCUUCAGUGACGACCAGUUGCCUUAGAAUCACAAAACCACAAGCAUACAUGGUUCACACUGAACAACAAAAGGAAUACAAGACACUGAUACUCAGCGACACUGGGUUAGUUCUUCAUACGGUUGAUAACACGAGUUUGCUUUUAGGCACUGUUGUGGAAUCAGUUUCCUGCCAUACUUUAUAACCGAAACUUGUAUCUGCACAUCCGUCUGAAGUGAUGACGCCGACCAGCAUCGCAUGGCAUCAUAAGAAAAUACAUUUAUAUGAUAUGCAUCUGUCAAUGUGUAUCUUGAAAGGACAUUGCUAAAUUGAACCUUGAAAUGUUGUAGUUGGGCUAAAAAUAGUUUGUAAUUUAUCGGGUAGUAUGGCGGUAAGUUUAAUUUUCAUGUACAGUAAGGGUUGUAAAUUAUAUGGUUUUGCAGUGCUUCAGCAGGGCUGGUGGAAGCCGUUAUCGUGUAGUCAAUUAAUCUAUUUAUUACUCACGUUUGGCAGUAAAAUUCCAUUGGAAUUUCCUAUGACGGUUACGAGGUCCACAUGUCUUCCUGGCGUAGCGUGUUUCCGGAUCUUUAGGUGUCGCCGAACACGCUAUGUUAGGAAUUAUCAUUUGACCAAUGGGAAGUUUAGAAGAUUGUAUGACCCCGUGACCUAUGAAUAUAGCUCCACGGGUAUAAAAGCCUGAUACGACCGAGAUCAGUCGUCUGAAGUUUCGGGUAUCCCGACAAGUAAGUCCACAACACCCACAACACCACAACACCCACCUACUAAGGUUUUCCUUACGACUAGUUUUAGGUGUAGGUUUAUUAUGUGGUAGUCAGGUGGGGGAAAAUUAGUUGUAGGAAAAAUAUGUAGAAAUAAGGACUUAGGUAAGUUGGAAAGUAAGAAAUAAGUUAAAAUGUAGGUUUUGUAAGGUAUUUAUUUAGUAUAGUUAUUGGAAUAGUGGUGUGGGGGAGAAGUAGGUGUAGGAGAGAAUAGGAUAAAUUAGGCAGUUAAGGAUAAGGAAAUUUAGGCCAACAGUAAAGGUUUAAUUGUGUGUGACUGCUUUCUUUUUGUAUUUUUCUGAUUUAUUGUUAAUUUGUACAUUUUGUUAAGUUUAAUAAAUCAUCUAAUUAUGA